GCAGUCGGUCACGUGACCACUCGUCGGCGAGUUCCCACAGUAUGGCGGAGGGAGCAGUUGUUCGGAUGGAUUGUUACUCACGUUUGAAUACAUGGUUUGUGUCUUGACCUGGAGAGGGAUUUUAACCGACGAAACGUUUGACAGAACUUGAAAAACAGAAGACAAAACCAAAACAACUUAAGAGUCGUAUUUCUCAGCAUGGCGGACCGCGGUGCGGAUUUGGCGGCUUUACCUAAAGAGGUGAAGGACCAGUUGGCGGAGUUGGAGCUCGAGCUUUCAGAAGGUGAUAUCACGCAAAAGGGCUACGAGAAGAAAAGAGCUAAGCUGCUGGCCCCGUACAUACCACAUACCCAAAAUGUGGAUCCAGGCCUAAAGAGUAUCCACUUGGCUCCAGGCCCUGGUGUUGACUCUUCUCCCAGCCCGGACGCAGGCCCUUCGGCCCCUCCACGGCAACACCGCUCUCACCGCAGCGGAGGGGCCCGCGAUGACCGUUACAGAUCAGAUAUCCACACAGAAGCUGUACAGGCGGCACUGGCCAAGCAUAAAGAGCAGAAGAUGGCACUGCCCAUGCCCACUAAGCGUCGAUCAGCCUUCGUCCACGCCGCUGUGGAGAACUGCACCCCUCCUGACACCUCAUCUGCGUCGGAGGACGAAGGGUCUCUGCGCAGACGUCAGGCUGCAGUGAGUGCGGUUCUUGCUCAGAGUCUGCAGAAUUCGGAGUUUUGGAUUAAUCGCUCAAUCCAGGGAUCAUCCACUUCAUCCUCGGCCUCGUCCACCCUGUCACACGGAGACGGCAGCAAGAACCACAUCCAGAAUACACUGGCAGAUGUACUUGCACACACUCGCAUAGAGAGCAGCAGUGUUCCUCCUGAUGUGACGUCCUCCGUGCCGCAGGACAGAAACUCGCGAGUGGAAGUGAGUUCCAGUCCUGCAGUGAAGGGUGUGAGUCGCGGCAGCAACCGCUCCAGCAUGAUGGACACUGCAGACGGCGUUCCAGUGCACAGCAGAGUCUCCACCAAGAUCCAGCAGCUACUCAACACGCUGAAGAGACCCAAACGUCCUCCACUCAGCGAAUUCUUCCUGGAUGACGCUGAGCACAUUGUGGAAGUCCCUCGGCCGGAUCCUAACACUCCGCGUCCAGAGGGUCGUCAGAUGAUCCCAGUGAAGAGCGAGCCCCUGGGCGUAGUGAGUAACUGGCCCCCGGCACUGCAGGCAGCGCUCGCCCGAUGGGGCGCCACUCAAGCCAAGAGCCCAGCUCUCACAGCGCUGGACAUCACCGGCAAACCCCUCUACACUCUCACCUAUGGUAAACUAUGGAGCCGUAGUCUUAAACUGGCAUACACACUCUUAAAUAAACUGGGCACCAAGAACGAGCCUGUGCUCAAACCUGGAGACCGGGUGGCCCUGGUCUACCCUAACAGUGACCCUGGUAUGUUCUGGGUGGCUUUUUAUGGCUGUCUGCUGGCUGAAGUCAUUCCUGUUCCAAUAGAGGUGCCACUGUCUCAGAAGGAUGCAGGAAACCAGCAGGUUGGCUUUUUAUUGGGGAGCUGUGGGAUCGGUCUUGCUCUCACCAGUGAAGUGUGUCUUAAAGGGCUACCAAAAACACCCAGUGGAGAAAUACUCCAGUUCAAAGGAUGGCCUCGGCUCAGGUGGGUCGUCACAGACACCAAGUAUCUUACAAAACCUUCUAAGGACUGGCAGCCGCACAUCCCCACUGCUAACACUGACACAGCCUACAUCGAGUACAAGGCCAGUAAGGAAGGCACAGUGAUGGGGGUGGCUGUGUCUAAAAUCUCCAUGCUGACGCACUGCCAGGCUCUCACUCAGGCCUGCAAUUACUGUGAAGGAGAGACACUGGUCAAUGUUCUGGACUUCAAGAAAGACAUGGGCCUGUGGCACGGGGUCCUGACAAGUGUGAUGAACAGGAUUCACACCAUCAGCGUGCCCUACGCUGUCAUGAAGGCCUGUCCUCUAUCCUGGGUGCAGCGAGUCCACGUCAGCAAAGCACGUGUGGCCCUGGUGAAGUGUCGGGAUCUGCACUGGGCUAUGAUGGCUCACCGAGACCAAAAGGACAUCAACCUAUCCUCCCUGCGCAUGCUCAUUGUAGCUGACGGUGCUAAUCCCUGGUCUGUGUCGUCAUGCGAUGCUUUCCUGAACGUGUUCCAGACUCACGGCCUAAAGCCGGAGGUGAUUUGUCCCUGUGCCUCUUCUCCCGAGGCCCUGACUGUAGCUAUACGCAGGCCGGGUGUCCCUGGUGCUCCUCUCCCUGCCAGAGCCGUCUUGUCUAUGGGAGGACUGAGUCAUGGAGUGAUCCGUGUCAACACAGAGGACAAGAACUCUGCUCUGACUGUGCAGGACGUGGGCCAUGUCAUGCCUGGAGCUCUGAUGUGUAUCGUCAAGCCAGACGGCCCUCCCAUGCUGUGUAAAACGGACGAGAUUGGCGAGAUUGUGCUGAACUCUCGGGCUGGUGGCACCAUGUACUACGGCUUACCAGGGGUCACCAAAAACACAUUUGAGGUGAUUCCUGUGAACUCAGGUGGAACUCCUAUAGGAGAGACACCUUUCACCCGGACAGGACUCUUGGGCUUUGUGGGUCCGGGCAGUCUGGUGUUUGUUGUGGGGAGAACUGAAGGACUGCUUAUGGUCAGUGGACGCAGGCAUAACGCAGAUGACCUGGUGGCCACAGCACUGGCUGUAGAGCCGGUGAAAACAGUCUACAGAGGGAGGAUUGCAGUGUUCUCAGUCACAGUGUUCUAUGAUGAGAGGAUCGUGAUCGUGGCUGAGCAGAGGCCCGAUGCCAACGAAGAGGACAGCUUCCAGUGGAUGAGUCGUGUUCUACAGGCUAUAGACACUAUCCAUCAAGUGGGCUUGUACUGUUUAGCAUUAGUCCCAGCCAACACUUUGCCAAAGACCCCUCUGGGUGGCAUUCACGUGUCUGAGACGAAGCACUGCUUUGUGGAGGGCUCCCUGCACCCUUGCAACAUCCUCAUGUGCCCUCACACCUGUGUGACCAACCUGCCCAAACCCCGGCAGAAACAACCAGUGGGAGUAGGUCCAGCCUCCAUCAUGGUAGGGAACCUGGUGGCAGGGAAGAGGAUUGCCCAGGCUACAGGCAGAGAGUUGGGCAUCAUUGAGGAUCAGGACAUGUCCAGGAAGCUCUGUACAUGGCCCAUGAAGAUGCAUCAGUUCCUGUCAGAGGCGCUGCAGUCGAGAGCACAGAGUGACCCAGAUCACGUCCUCUACAUGCUUCUCAAUGCCAAGGGGACAGCAGUGAGCACGGCCACAUGUUCACAGCUUCACAAACGAGCUGAAAAGAUUACCGCAGCACUGCUGGAGAGAGGAGGCAUUAACACUGGAGACAAUGUGGUGCUGCUCUACCCUCCUGGCAUCGACCUUAUUGCCGCUUUCUACGGCUGUCUGUACGCCGGCUGUAUACCAGUGACGGUCCGACCUCCUCACCCUCAGAACCUGGCGGCUACUCUUCCCACAGUGCGCAUGAUCAUAGACGUGAGCAAAGCAGCCUGUAUCCUGACCACUCAGGCUCUCAUGAAGACUUUACGAUCUAAAGAAGCUGCAGCCAGCGUAAAUGUGAAGACGUGGCCCACUAUCAUAGACACAGAUGAUCUUCCAAGAAAGCGACCACCUAAUAUCUAUAAGCCUCCCACACCUGAGAUGUUGGCCUAUCUGGAUUUCAGUGUGUCCACCACUGGCAUGUUGACGGGCGUGAAGAUCUCUCAUGCCGCAGUGAGUGCUCUGUGUCGCUCCAUUAAGCUACAGUGUGAGCUCUACUCCUCCAGACAGGUGGCCAUCUGCCUCGACCCCUACUGCGGCCUUGGCUUUGUCCUCUGGUGCCUCUCUAGUGUGUAUUCAGGUCAUCAGUCCAUCCUGAUUCCCCCAAUGGAGCUGGAGGUCUCUCCCUCUCUGUGGCUGAGCACACUCAGUCAGUAUAAGAUCAGAGACACCUUCUGCUCCUACUCUGUCACGGAGCUCUGCACCAAGAGCCUGGGGACGCAGACCGAGCUUCUGAAGACGCGGGGUGUGAAUCUGUCAUGCGUGAGGAGCUGUGUUGUGGUGGCAGAGGAAAGGCCUCGGCUGGCACUCACACAGUCCUUCUCCAAACUGUUCAAAGACCUGGGCCUUUCACCACGCGCAGUCAGCACCGCAUUCGGCUCCAGAGUCAACCUGGCCAUCGGCCUGCAGGGAACAGCUGGUCCAGAUCCUUCUACUGUUUACGUAGACAUGAAAUCCCUCCGCCAUGACCGGGUGAGACUGGUGGAGAGAGGAGCUCCUCAGAGUCUGCCCCUCAUGGAGUCAGGAACUAUUCUUCCAGGAGUGCGAGUAAUUAUUGUGAACCCAGAAACUAAGGGGCCACUUGGAGACUCACAUCUGGGCGAGAUCUGGGUGAACAGCCCUCACAACGCCAGUGGCUACUACACCAUUUACGGAGAGGAGAACCUGCAGGCUGAUCACUUCAACACACACUUGAGCUUUGGCGAGACUCAGACUCUGUGGGCCAGGACCGGAUAUCUGGGCUUCAUCAGGAGGACUGAGCUGCUGGACGCUACUGGAGAUCGUCAUGAUGCGCUGUUUGUGGUCGGCUCACUGGAUGAGACGUUGGAGUUGCGCGGUCUGCGCUAUCACCCCAUUGACAUUGAGACAUCAAUAUCACGGGCACAUCGCAGCAUUGCAGAGAGUGCCGUGUUCACUUGGACCAACCUGCUGGUGGUGGUGGCUGAGCUGAGCGGCUCUGAGCAGGAAGCUCUGGAUCUGGUGCCUCUGAUCACUGGAGUGGUUCUGGAAGAGCACCACCUGAUCGUGGGAGUGGUGGUUGUGGUGGACCCCGGCGUCAUCCCCAUCAACUCUCGAGGGGAGAAACAGCGCAUGCACCUACGGGACUCCUUCCUGGCUGACCAGCUGGACCCCAUCUAUGUGGCCUACAACAUGUGAGCUGAUGGGAGCUUCUUCAAGGGAUCAGAGAUAAAUAUCAGAAGAACGCCAGUCUUUCCCGAGUCGGGGGGGCCAUCAGCUCGAUAACGUGAGAUGCAGCAUCAGACAGGCAGCAUCAUUUGCAGGAGGUGCUCCUUUUCUCUUUGUGCUAGACUAACAGGUUAACCCCGCCAUGUUAUUUAACUCGCAACUUUGCCAACAGCCAUUUUGAAGAGCAUGAAGGCAAAAAAGUUGCAAGUUAUUGACUGCUUGCAAUUGCCUCCUCAGUAGGGCAGUCAGUACCACCGGCCCUAAAGACUUUGUGCUCUGGUUUGAGACCGGACAGUAGACUGGAGGGGCUUACAUAUAAAACUUGUCCUUGCACUUUAUUCCUCCUCCUUUUGAGCCUUUUUUUUGUGGGGGAGGGUGUCCUUAAUUUUUCAUUCUAAAAGUGCAAACAAAUUUAAAGAUGUCUUGCAACAUAUUUUGUCCAUCUGGGGAGAAAACUGUCUGGUAUGGUGCAGUCUGGGAUCACAUUAUGCAUCAUUCAUGAGGGCAAAACACUGUCCUGAUUCAAGAGGGCUUCUGAAAACCCUCAUUGGUGCUCACUCUGAACUUCAAGCACCAUUUCUCCUCUGCUGGACAAAACAUCAGACAUCGCUGAGUAUUAGCAGGAUCACCAGCGUCAUUGGCUGUGCUAGUUUGACACGCAGAAUUUGCUUUGUUCAUAUAUAUUUUGUCUUUUACUCAGAACUACUAGUUGUUUUAAAGUGGAAAGUGAAAGGUUUACAUCGAAACCUCAGUUUGCACGCACGAGAAUAGAUUUUAUAACUCAUAUUGCCAACAGUAAUGCACAGCAUUUGAUAACCAGUGUGAUCAAUAGCUUUUAAAGGAUCCUCAUAGGAAGCACAAAUCGAUUCGAACAUACUGGAUUUCUAUCUUGAAAUUUAUAUGCAGAGAACUAAUGUACACAUAGGGUGAAAGGAAAGUUUCAAGAUAAACUCCAUGCCUUAUGAAACCUGUGGAAAUUUUACUUUUAUAUGUAUGUUUUAUCCUUUUAUUUGUAUUGCUGUACUUAUACUUUGUACUGGUAUCAAAGGGACUGUGGACUGGUGAAAAUCUGGAAGGCUUCAUGUGUGUGUAGGUUAUUGUAGUGUCUCACUGGGUGUUACUGUAUAAUCAAAUGGACACGUGAUCACGGUCCCCUAAACUUGACUGAUCUCUCAUAGCUGAUGGGAACAUUUCCUCAUCACUGGCUUAAACAGAAGAAUUAUAAAAAAAAGUAACUAUUUUACACAUUUGAGAAAAAUACAGUUAAGUUGCACGUUCUGUCUUUUAAUUUCUUUGUGCUUUUGAAAUUUUAGUUAAUAUGUGUGUGCACAUAUUACCCAUUCCAUCAUGAUGGCAGUAUUGUUAAAAAAAACAUUACUUUCCCCUCAUUGUUAAUAGAAAAGGCGAUAUUUAAGGAAUGAUUUUAGUUUACCGGCUUUACAUUGCUUUAUUGUUUACAUGCUGUUCAAUGUUUAUGUUCAUUUUAGCACAGGGUCAUUUAACACCAGAAACAAUUGAAACUCGCUUCCUGGCAUUAUGAACACAUGCAAAUCCAUUUGUACAGUUUAAUCUGAGAGAGAAGAGGUUUUAUUCUGUGGACUCUUUACUUACAGCUGCUAAUUCUGGUUCACUCUGUUCAAACAAACUGCAAACAGAAUUAUUCUGAACUGAACGUUAAUCUUAGUGUCCUUUAGGAGACUGUUCUGACGGACCGGAUUGAGGGUUUUUUGUUUUUUUUUUUUUGGUUGCAAAUCCAUUAAUUUCAAUGCAGAGCUGAAUGCCCAUUUAAUUAAACUUAUUAAAUAGA